UUCAGUCUUUAUGUGGUGUUUGGCAGUAUAGGUGGAAUCAGUCUUUAGUGAAGCAAAAUGCCUUUGGUUACAGAUGCACAAGUCCUUAAGGAUCUUGCCACCAGGAUCCGGAUUUUGAGUGUGAAAUCUACAUCGGCGGCGAAUUCUGGACAUCCCACGACAAGCUCCUCAGCCGCAGAAAUUCUCUCGGUUCUGUUCUUCAACACUAUGCGUUACACCACCUGCUCACCAAAAGAUAUAUCCAGCGACAGAUUUGUACUUUCAAAAGGACACGCAGCACCCGCCUUGUACGCCGCUUGGGUGGAAAAUGGCGUUAUACCAGAAGCUGAACUGUUAAAACUAAGACAACUGGGUAGCGACUUGGAAGGUCAUCCAACUCCGAGAUUAAACUUUAUCGAUGUUGGAACUGGAUCUUUGGGGCAAGGUUUAUCCAACGCUGCUGGUAUGGCAUAUGUGACCAAGAAUUAUGACAAUAUUGAUGCAAGAAUUUAUUGUCUAAUUGGCGAUGGAGAAUGCGCUGAGGGAUCAAUCUGGGAAGCAAUUCAAUUUAUCAGCUACUACAACCUCGAUAAUUUGGUCCUGAUUAUUGAUGUAAACCGCUUGGGACAGUCUGAGCCUACAGCUCUUGGACACGAUCUCGAAUCUUACAAAUCAAGAUUGGCUGCUUUUGGAUGGAACUCAUUGGCAGUAGAUGGUCAUAAUGUAGAAGAUCUUGUUAAGGCUUUUGAUACUGCUAGUGCGACAAAAGGAAAACCUACUGCUAUUAUCGCUAAAACCUUUAAGGGAAGAGACUUUCCAGAUAUUGAAGAUAAGGAAGGCUGGCAUGGAAAGCCUUUGGGAAAGGAAACCGAAAGAGUUUUAGAACAUUUAGAAGGGCUUUUAGUUAACAAAGGUAAACUAAAGUUCACCAUACCUAAGCCAAUAACAAAAGCUCCUGCAAUAAGCAUCGAAAACAUUAAACUUGCGUCACCACCAAACUACAAACUUGGACAAUGUCUCGCUACCAGAAAUGCUUAUGGUACCGCAUUAGUAAAACUUGCCAAAUCCAAUCCUAGAGUUAUCGCUCUGGAUGGGGACAUGAAAAACUCGACUUUUUCGGAAGAUUUGAAAAAGUUCGACAACACUAAGUAUAUCGAGUGUUUUAUUGCUGAACAAAAUAUGGUUGGUGUAGCUAUAGGGGCAGCUUGCAGAGAUAGAACAGUCGCUUUUGUAUCUACUUUUGGUGCUUUUCUGGCCAGAGCCUAUGAUCAGAUUCGUAUGGGAGCUAUUUCUCAAAGUAACGUGAACUUUGUUGGAUCCCACUGCGGUGUAUCUAUUGGUGAAGACGGUGCUAGCCAGAUGGGACUCGAGGAUAUUUCUAUGUUCAGAUCAAUUCCCGGCUCAACAGUCUUCUAUCCAGCGGAUGCUGUGGCUGCUGAAAGGGCUAUUGAGUUGGCCGCAAAUACACCCGGAAUUACAUUUACAAGGACAAAUAGACCGGCUACAAAGAUUAUUUAUCCAAAUGAUCAAGAAUUCCAGGUUGGAAAAUCAAAUGUUCUCAUGUCAACGACCAAUGACAAAGUUCUCUUUAUCGGCGGAGGAGUAACUCUAAUGGAAGGUCUGAAAGCGGCUGAAGAACUGGCCACUCAAAAAAUUGGAGUAAGAGUCCUCGAUCUAUUCACCAUUAAGCCCAUUGACCAAGAGGGAAUCAUCAAGAAUGCCAAAGAGUGUGGCGGUCGUAUUUUGGUUGUCGAAGACCAUUAUCCAGAAGGCGGCAUCGGUGAGGCUGUACUAACUGCCGUCUCUGAAGAACGAGAUAUGUAUGUGAAGAAAGUGGCAGUUCCAAGAGUUCCUAGAUCGGGAACUCCCGCCCAGGUUUUGGACUAUUAUGGGCUUACUGCUAAACAUAUCGUCAAUUAUGUGCUAGAAGUUAUCAAAAACUAAUGUACUAGAGACUGAUUCGGCAAAAAUUUAUGUAUUUUUUUAUACAAAAUAAAUAUUAAAGGAUCUUUCAUAUAUAUAAAUUUA